UUGUCAGAAACUUAUCAGUUGUCAGAGUUCCCAAUAGACAACAGUUAUGGUCUGCGUUCAACAAUGUUGUCUUUCUCUUGUGUGAACAUGGAGAAUACAGUUGUGAUACAUACCAAGUUAGGACAGCUGAGAGGACAUAUCAAGCACUCUAUACUCACCGAUAACAGCUACUAUGCAUUUCAAGGAAUUCCUUUUGGAAGACCACCACUGGGAGCACUGAGAUUUAAGCCACCACAACCAUUCGGAGGCUGGGAAGGUGUACGAGAUGCUCUCCAAGAUGGACCUGACCCCAAAACAACCUGUAUUGCUGCCCCAUUCCUGGAGAAAAAUAAUGAACAACAGAGCAUAGGAGAUGAGGAUUGUCUUUACCUCAAUGUUUUCAUUAAUGAGCUUCCACAGCAAAGCAGUUCCCAAAAACCAGUCCUAAUUUUCAUUCAUGGAGGAGGAUUUGCUGGUGGCUCUGGAAAUAUCAAGGGCAAUGGUCCAGAUUAUCUAUUGUAUGGAGGGGUUGUCGUAGUUACCUUCAACUAUAGAUGUGGAGCUUUUGGGUUUCUGUCUCUGGAGAAUGAGGAAGUCCCAGGAAAUGCAGGACUCAAGGAUCAGACCUUGGCCUUGAAGUGGGUCCAUGACAACAUUGACAGUUUUGGUGGUGAUCCCAACAAUGUUACCAUCUUUGGUAUCAGUGCUGGAGGAGCUUCUGUGGCAUAUCAUCUGCUUUGCCCACCCUCCAGAGGUUUGUUCCACAAGGCUAUUAUGCAAAGUGGGUUUGCACUAAAUCCUUGGGCUCUUCAAGAAAAUCCUAGAAAGAAUGCCUACAAACUGGCCAAGAGUUUGGGCUGUACCUCUGAGAACCCUGAAGAAGUAAUUCCAGUUCCUUCAGUCUGUCUCUGCCAAUGAUAUUGUGUUCGCUACCAAAGACAUGAUCAAAAAUGAGAUGGCAAUGAACUCUCUGAUAUUCACCCCUAGUGUGGAAGUCAUAGGAGAAGAGUGUUCCUUACCCGACACUCCCCACAGACUCAUGGAGAGAGGGCAGUUUGCUCAGGUUCCUGUCAUACUGGGGUGUACUGUAAAGGAAGGAAUAGUGUUUGCAUUUACUGGAAUAAAUGAAAGUGUAUUUGAAAAGAUAAACAACAAACGUGAGUU